AUGGAGGAGAUACAGAAACGAGCCAAGAUGGAAAGUGUGUCGGAAGAUCAACCCCCGCCCACGAAUGCGAUCAAAGAAUUUUCUUUAUUUUUUUCUUUCUUUCUUUCUUUCUUUCUUUCUUUCUUAAGUCCCGAAUUUUGUCUAUUCUUAGACUUUCUUUUAAUUUCUUUUCUCCAUAAUACCAAAAUGUUAUCUAUUUUCAGACUCCUUCGUUCUUUUCUUUUUUCUUUCUUUCUUUCUUUCUUUCUUUCUUUCUUAAGUCCCGAAUUUUGUCUAUUCUUAGACUUUCUUUUAAUUUCUUUCUCCAUAAUACCAAAAUGUUAUCUAUUUUCAGACUCCUUCGUUCUUUCUUUCUUUCUUUCAUUCAUUCUUUCUUUCUUUCUUUCUUUCUUUCUUCCUCCCUUUCUUUCUUUCUUUCUUUCUUUUCUUUCUUUCUUUCUUUCAUUCAUUCUUUCUUUCUUUCUUUCUUUCUUUCUUCCUCCCUUUCUUUCUUUCUUUCUUUCUUUCUUUCUUUCUUUCUUUCUUAAGUUUUUCUUUCUUUCUUUCUUUCUUUCUUUCUUUCUUUCUUUUUUCACCAUUCCAAAAUAUCUACUUUUAGGCUCUUUCUUUCUUUCUUUAGCUCCAAAUUUCUUCCAAAUUUUGUCUUUUUUUUCUUUCUUUCUUUCUUUCUUUCUUUCUUUCUUUCUUUCUUUCUUUCUUCACAAUUCGAAAAUGUUGUCAAUAUUUAGGCUCUUUCUUUCUUUUUUCUUUCUUUCUUUCUUCAAAAUCCCAAAAUGUCUACUUUUAGGCUCUUUCUUUAUUUCUUUCUUAAGCUUUCUUUUUGCUUUCUUUUCUUUUUUCUUUCUAUAUUUCUUUUUUCCACUAGAAAAUUUUAUUUCUCCCCUCUCUUCGCACUUAUUUUCAGAUAUUUUUCUUAUUUCCGUUGACUUUUUCUUCCCGUUUUUGGCUUCGAUUUGUUUCCUUCCUUCCUUCCUUCUUUCCUUCCUUCCUUCCUUCCUUCCUUCCUUCCUUAUACUGGAGUUUUCGAUUAUGGAACAAAAAGCGAAGAUACUAUUCGUAUCUUUCUUUCUUUCUAUAUAUCUAUCUAUCUAUCUUAGCCUCUUCAUUAUUUAUCUAUCUAUCUCAGCCUCUUCAUUAUCUAUCUAUCUAUCUAUCUAUCUAUCUCAAAUGAGUGUCGCCCACGUAUCAACUUCGAGCAUUUAG